GAAUAAUUCGUCUGCCGAUUCAACACCUCCACCGCUUCUUAAUUCCAUCGAUCGCAUCGUGAAAUCCUAGCUAGCAGCGAUGGGCUUCGUACAGCGGGCACUAUUCACGUGGUUCAUCCUGGGAUUGUUUCUGGCGGUGCUGUGCUUCCGGCUGGAGAACCGCAUCUACUGGAACUGGUUCCUCGUCUUCAUCCCGCUGUGGCUGUACGAUGCGAUUCUGAUCACUUGGGCCGUGAUAGAGAUCGUGCAGCGGCAGCACGCGAACCGGCUGGUGCUGCUGCAGCACUACAAGUACUACGGGUUCGGGAUUUUGCUGAAAAUUCUGUCCCAGAUCGGCAUCUGCCUGAAGCUCGAGUACAAGUGGAUACCGAUGUACGCGAUGAUGAUACCGAUCUGGAUGCUGCUCGUCAUGCUGAUCGUGUUCGUCGGUACGCAUCUGCAGCCAAAACCGCGCCCCAUCGGUUCGAACCGCAGCAACCGGCAGUCGGCCGCCGUCUCUUCCUGAGGGUAUUUGAAACUUCGCGUUUGCGAGUUCGAACCAAUCGCCGAUGAGUGAGGAUGGCCGGGAUGCACAUCGUAUACUAUCAACGCGAUACGCGCGAUCCGCGCGAUCCGCGCGAUACCGCUCCUAUGGAAGGCGGUAUCCUUACGAAACUGUUACAUGAAUAGCUGACAACGCACGCUGCUUCAUAGCUGCUAGCGGAAAAGGGGUCAUGAUAGCAUGAUACAUGAUAGCUUACUUUAGGAAAAUCUAACUGUAAUAUUAUUGCCGUAAGCCGUAAGAAUUCCAAUAAAUAUCAAAAUUACAAAGAA